AUGCGCACGGCAUUUGCAGUGUCUAUUGCCGCUGAUAUCUGCAAUCAUCCAAAAAGCAAACGAGAUCAUUUUAAGUGCUUGCAGCUACUGGGAACUGCUUCUUCUUUACUUCUACAGAAUGGUAGCCUAGCAGGGAGACAACCACAACCAGCUGGCAGUAGUACUUUUAUGCCUUUAAUCUCAGCUAAUGUAUUAAAACAUGAGGAAUCAGACCUGAAACAAACACUGAACCAAGCCAGAACCCUGGCAAAGAAACUACUACAACACAGCCAGUCUUACAAGGAUCCUUCUUCGCCAGCUGCCAUACCUUUGUAUGAACAAAACAAAGGUGAAGUGCGGCCGCAGGGGGAACGGCGGGGCGAGGAGACCCGACCCGUUCCGCGGUGCUGGCAGCGCCAUAGCGCCGCCCGCCGCGCGGCCCCGCCCGUUGGGGCCGUUGCGGCAGUUGCUGUGAGGCGAGGAGCGGGGCUCGGCGCCGCCGUGGCUCCCCGUCAGCCCAGGCUGCCCCGCGCUGUGCUCCGCUGGCUGCAGAGCCUCGACCUCCCCGCCUGCCCCAGGCACUGCCGCAGGGAUUUCUCCAACGGGUACCUGGUGCCGGAGAUCCUGGCGCGCUACUUCCCCGUCGAGAUCCGGAGCCGCGCCUGCGGGACCGGCAGCUCGCUGACCGCCAAGCUGAGCAACUGGGCCCGGCUGCGGCGGUUUUUUGCAAAACACAACCUCAACGUGGCCCAGGAACUGAUAGAGGUAACAAUUCACUGCAAACCAGGAGCAGCAGAAAGGCUGGUGCAGGACAUCUACUCCAUGCUAACAAACAGAUGUAUUAAAAGCCUUCAAGACAGGGAGAUUGAUUUUACAGACUACUGUUACCAGACACAGUUACCAAUGGUUGCCAGAUCAACAGCUUCCAAGGUUAUCAAGAAUAACAUUAGGCUGACAGAAAUAAUGAUGGAACCCAGUGUUACCAUAAACAGACAGAAGGCUAAUGCCAUCAGUAAUAUGCACAUGAGAAUGAGAAUGCAAGAGAGGGAAGAGGAUCCACGACGGUUUAACAUUAAACGAAGUUUCAGACAUCGUACAGUUUACCAUCUUAACUGCACAAUGUCCUCUACAAAUAUAGCUAGUAUCCCAAAGGAAAAAGCAUUUGCUCCAUCAUAUUCCUCAGGAAAGAGAGACAAAACAGAUGUGCAUUCUGAAGAACUCCAAGAGAAACAAGCUGACAGAUCCUCUGUUAUGAUGGUUAUUUAGCACCUUCCAGGAUACCACUGAACGGAUUAACCAGAGAGAUGUGGAACUUUGAAACACAAACCUCAUUCUAAUUACAGUUCUGUUGACUGUAUAAUCAACAAAGAGAAAUCUAAGUUUACUGCCUGUUAGGGAACAAUUCUAUUUUAAGCCAAAUAAAUUG